GUUAGCUUGGAGUUUAUCAACUUUCACUCACUCGGGCAGUACAAUAUAUAUAUAGUCUGUCAACUUACAAAAUUUGCAAAGAAAUUAACCUAGCUACCUCAGCUUCUCCAAAAGAGCUCAUUUUUGCUUAUACAAAAACUAUGGUGUCGUUGCCACCUGCUACAGCGGGUAACAAUGUUAACAAUAAAACUAGCCUUGUAGCUCGCUUAUUGUCUUGGCUUAAAGACACGCUGAAGAAGUUAAACAGAAAUGUCGAUAGAAUAACAACAAUCACAAAAAAGUUGGCUAUGGAUGAUCCGAGAAGGGUUAUUCAUUCCAUGAAAGUGGGAUUAGCACUAACCUUGGUGUCUUUGUUCUACUAUUUACAACCCCUUUAUGAUAGCUUUGGUGAUUCUGGUACGUGGGCUGUUGUAACCGUGGUUGUUCUUUCUGAAUUCACUGUUGGGGCAACUUUAGGUAAGGGAUUAAAUAGAGUAAUGGCUACGUUAACCGCAGCUGGAUUAACAGUUGGGACACAUCACUUGGCUAUUCUUUGUAACAAGGUUGGAGAAGCUGUUGUUAUUGGAUUAUUUGUCUUCAUCAUUGGCGCAACUUCAACAUUUUUACGAUUUUUCCCAAUAAUAAAGGCGCAAUAUGAUAAUGGAUUAUUGAUAUUCAUAUUGACGUAUAGUUUUAUAACCAUAUCAGGGUAUCGUGGAGAGACAAAUAUCAUAGAAACGGCACACAUGAGAUUAUCAACCAUUGUAAUUGGUGCAUUAAUUUGUUUGCUAAUUAAUAUCUUUAUCUUUCCUGUUUGGGCUGGUGAAGAGCUUCAUAAUUCAGUUGCUCUUAACAUGGAAAAACUUGCUCACUUCUUAGAAGGACUUGGAGCUUUAUGUGUGAAGCUAACAAAAGUUGAAGAUAAUUCCAAGGAUGAGAAUAAAUCAUCUUCUCAAGCCUAUAAAAGUGUUCUGAAUUCCAAACAUAUGGAGGAAAUGUUGGCAAAUUUGGCGAGGUGGGAGCCCCGACAUGGCCAUUUUAUGUACCGUCAUCCAUGGAAUCAAUAUAUCAAGUUAGGAGGUCUCACAAGGCAAUGUGCCUACAAAAUUGAUUCUCUAAAUGCCUAUUUUAACCAUGACGGUGAGAUAUCACAAAGCUUUGAAGAAGAAAUGAGAGAAGCAUGCACCAAAAUAAGCUUGGAAUCGAGCAAAACUUUGAAAGAGCUAGGAUCAUGCCUUAGGGCAAUGACAUAUCCUUCCUCUUUAGUGAAUGCUCACAUUUUGAGGUCAAAAGAGGCUAUGGAAAGCCUCAAAACUUACAUAAAAUCAACCUCCUUAAACUCGGACGACCAGUUACUACAAAUGGUACCAAUUGUAACCAUAGCUUUUCUGCUGAUAGAUAUAGUCGAUUACACUGAGAAAAUUGCAGCAUCUUCCAAUGAUCUUGCAGCCCUAGCAAAUUUCGACAUGGUCAAGGUUAUCAAGUCCAGUGUAAUAGUAUACCCGGAAGUAUCAUUUAAUGAAGCUAUAGAACAAGUUUCUGGAGUUGAUUGUUCUCGCAUUCUGAUUGUAGAUACUGACUGAUUUACACCUAUCACUUCAAAUUCAGACUACAACUCAAUAAUAUAUGUCUUAGUUUAAUGGUGGUUAAUUAUUACAAUGGCUAGAGUUCGUUUUAAUUAAAUAAGUAUAUGUAUUAUUGGACCUUGUUCGAUACUUAUAGAAGAACGUUUCCCGCAAGUAUAGAGAACACUUUUUGUAGUUCCCUGUUAUUUGAGAAAAAAAUAAAAUACCAAACGCCUAUAAUGAUACCCGUUA